ACACACACACCCCAUUGUCCAACACGCUGAGCGUUCAGCUCAUGCUCGCUUAGUCAAUUUUUGACUACACAUCAAGUGGCGCAUGACGCUGCAAAUAGCGACUUUGGUGCUGAAAAUGGAUGUUCAAGGCCAUGUGGUGGCCGGUGACUACCGUUGAUGUGCGCGGCUGGCUUCAGCCUCGUCCUCGCGAUUUCUCCACCAGCCUCGAGGACGCUGCAGCCAUUCAGGAAUCUGCCGACUCUGCGGUGUAUUCGAGCACGUCGUCAUGCCUCUCGAAGUUGUCGUGCCAGCUUCUGGCUGUGAGCUCGUUGACAACGUCAAGGACAUCGCAGUCAAAGCUCCAUCUCCUGACCGCCGAAGACCCAGAACUCCGUCGUCUCAAGGCAGCCCGACGUUCAAUGAGAGCGAUGGGAGGGCAACCAGCAGCUCGAUGAUCACAGCCAGCACCACGUCGGUCUCCACGACGUCCACGACGCUCGAUAUGACUACAACGACCGAGAAUUCCGACGCGCCAGAGACGUCGCCGCCGUCCAAAACGUUCGACAAGGCAACGAAUUUGGCCAUUUUAGAGAAGCGCAUGCGCAUCGGGAAGACCAAAACAAGCCACGCGAGAUACCAGAACGUCGAGCGCAGUUUCAAGGCGCCCGAGGGGAACGUCAUCAACCUCCAGCACGAACAAUACGCACUCACUUACGGCAUGAUGUGCGGCAUCCGAGACUCUGCUGGACUGCAGAAGCCGUUCAAGCAGCGACUGACCAUGGACGACUUUAUGGUGGUGGACAACAAGAUCUUCCCGGCCAACUCGCAGCUGCAACAUCCAUUCAAGUUCAAGGACUACUCGCCCGACGUGUUCCGUCAAGUGCGUCGUCGCUUCGGGAUCGACCUGGCCGACUACAUGUUGACUCUGAGCGGAGACUUUAACUUCAUCGAGUUCAUGUCCAACUCCAAGUCUGGCCAGUUUUUCUUCUACUCGCACGACGGGAGGUUCAUGAUCAAGACGCAGACCAAAGAUGAGUCCAAGUUCCUGCGUCGUAUCUUGCCUCACUACUACAAGUUCGUGAUGGAGAACCCCAACACGUUGAUCACGCGGUUCUACGGCAUGCAUCGCGUCAAGAUGCACCACUUGAGACGGAAGAUGCAUUUCGUCAUCAUGGCCAGUGUCUUCGAUACGCCCUUGGAUAUCCACGCGCGGUUCGACUUGAAAGGCUCGCGUGUGGGACGUCACGCGUCUCCUAAAGAGCACGAGCGAGGCAGCGCUGGCGUGUUGAAAGACAACGAUCUACUGGACAAAGGAUUCCACUUGCAGAUGGGGAUGGCUCGACGUGCGAUUUUCCUCGUUCAACUGCGCAAAGAUGUCGAGUUUCUAAAGCAGAUGAAAAUCAUGGAUUACAGUCUUCUCAUCGGUGUGCAUGACUCCGGAUGUGAGCUACAGAAUGACCUGUAUACAGGCACACCCACUAGUGAUAGCUCAGACAGUGUCACGUCGGAGCAAGGAGGCAGCUCCAAGUCGUUACCUGCUUCCCCUGCACGUUCAGAACCCGAGCUCGUAUCUGCUCCCCCGCCGCGCCCAUUUCGGUCCACGUCAAUGCCGGACAGUGACAUUCAACUGCAGCCUCCUCCAGUUCGCUCUUCCAUUCAGACACGACUCGCUCUGUCUCCUCCGAACACUCCGACGGGCAGUGAAGGCCGCUUGAGUCUGGAUCUGGACUCGGACAACGACUCGGAGACGAGUAGUGAUGGAGGUUUUAGCUUUGGCAGCGCCUUCGGAGACUUUUCUCCAGCCAACCGUGGCUCAUUUGGAUCGUUGCCGUCGACGCCCAGAGGCUCAGGGUCUAGUAUGGCUCCGUUAUCUCCUCGUCUACUGGACACGACGGCGUAUGCAGAGUACUCGGAAUCUGUGUUCUGUAAGGAUGAAGGAGGCAUCUAUGGACGCGACCGUCACGGCCGUAAGAACGGAUUCGUGUAUUUCUUGGGCAUCAUCGACAUCUUGCAGCAGUAUAACACACGCAAGAUCGCAGAGACGUUUAUCAAGGGUCUGCGUCACAACCGCAAACAGAUCUCGUCCGUGAAUCCGGAUUUCUACGGGGACCGAUUCAUCGAGUUCAUGGAGAAGCACGUGGUGCAGGACGAUACCCUUAUCUCGCCAAGACCAAUGCCUUGUCCGUCUCCUACCGCCAGUUUAGACUCCUUACCACGCACGGAAGACGAAGCUUGCUGAGUUUAGAUCAGCAUUUACCUACUACGUAGAGAGGGGAAAAUAUUUACACCAUCAAGCUCACUUGAUGUUCUGAAAGGCUUAGGCUUUGAACAUGUUAAACUCAGUGAAUACACUUGCGAGGCUACAAGCAAAAAAAAACUACCGUUGGG